AUGGAUCAGCUGUUUGUGCUGCUGCUGCUGUGGAGCUCAGAGUCUGAUGAUGUCAGGUUGGUGGGAGGAGCCAAUCGCUGUGGAGAACAGUCCUCACAAAGCUCAGUGUGGGGGGUCAGUUCUACCUGUGUUCAGUCAGGAUCUGCUCUGAGGAACUGUGUAACAUCAGAAUACUUCUCCUCUGCCGUGGAGCUCACCUGCUCAGACUCUGUCAGGCUGCUGAAUGGUUCCAGUCUGUGUUCAGGCAGACUGGAGGUGAAGUCUAACCAGAGCUGGUCCUCAGUGUGUGAAGCUGACUUUGACCAGCAGGAUGCAGAGGUGGUCUGUAGGGAGCUCGGCUGUGGGCCUCCUUCGGUCCUCCAGGGGGCGCUCUAUGGAGCAGUGGAGGCUCCAGUGUGGAGCAAAGAGUUCCAGUGUGGAGGCCAUGAGUCUGCUCUCCUGGACUGUAGAAGCUCAGGCUCAGCUCGAAACAGCUGCUCACCUGGCAAAGCUGUUGGACUCACCUGCUCAGAGUCUGAUGAUGUCAGGUUGGUGGGAGGAGCCAAUCGCUGUGGAGGUACACUGCAGGUGAAACAUCUGGGAGAGUGGAAACCAUUGCAAUUCAUUGACUGUACCCUGAAGGAAGCAGCUGUAGUCUGUAAACAUCUGGACUGUGGCUCCGCUGUUUCUGUAGAACAGUCCUCACAAAGCUCAGUGUGGGGGGUCAAUUCUACCUGUGUUCAGUCAGGAUCUGCUCUGAGGAACUGUGUAACAUCAGAAUACUUCUCCUCUGCCGUGGAGCUCACCUGCUCAGACUCUGUCAGGCUGCUGAAUGGUUCCAGUCUGUGUUCAGGCAGACUGGAGGUGAAGUCUAACCAGAGAUGGUCCUCAGUGUGUGAAGCUGACUUUGACCAGCAGGAUGCAGAGGUGGUCUGUAGGGAGCUCGGCUGUGGGCCUCCUUCGGCCCUCCAGGGGGCGCUCUAUGGAGAAGUGGAGGCUCCAGUGUGGAGCAAAGAGUUCCAGUGUGGAGGCCAUGAGUCUGCUCUCCUGGACUGUAGAAGCUCAGGCUCAGCUCGAAACAGCUGCUCACCUGGCAAAGCUGUUGGACUCACCUGCUCAGAACCUGUCAGGUUGGUGGGUCAAGCCAGUCGCUGUGCAGGCAUGCUGGAGGUGAAAGUGGGAAAGUGGAGAACAAUCGAUUAUUUUGACUGGGAACUGAAGGAGGCACAUGUCGUCUGUGAACAUUUGGGCUGUGGCUCUGCAUUUUCUAUACAAUGGAAAAAUGAGCCUUCUGAGAUUUCUGUGUUGAAAAUUGAGCCUGAUUGUGUUCACUCCGGAUCUCCUCUGAGAGACUGUGCAAAAUUAUAUUCCUCUUCCCUAACCCUGAACGUCACCUGCAAAGACCUGCUGGUUCAGCCAAUCAUCUCUGUGUCCUUCAUGAAUGGGGUCUCCAUGGCGCAGCAGCAGGGGCUUCAGGUGUCCAGGGGCUCUAACUUCACCAUCAGCUGCUCCAUCCAGCCACAGUACCCAGGAGGCUCCUUCCAGCUCACCUUCACCUCAUCCAACACGGCGCACAACUACACCCAGCCAGCUGUCAAUCACUCUGCCCAUUUCCUGUUUCCUGCUCCAGAGCCCGCCCACCAAGGAAACUACAGCUGUGUUUAUCACGUCUACGACUUGUCCUCUGAGAGCCGCCUGCUGUCUGUCACUGUGUCAGAUCCCAAACACUCAGACGUUGUUAAAGUUGUUGUCAUCACACUGGUCGCCCUGCUGGUCAUUGUACUCAUGAUCCUUGGUCUUCAUCUCUAUUGUCAGGUCAACAGACAGUAGAACAUCCAGCUGACUGACUGAAAACUCUGUGUUUGAGCCGCUGGAGGAAGGCCAGGAACAAGUUCAGCCCGCAGAGGAGGACCUCCAAGGAGCUCGAAAGCAUGUUUGGACAGAGCAUGGUCUUAUUUCUACACCAUCUCUUUUGUCCUCCAUCCUCCUGUCUGUGAUCCAGAAACACAAGUUCAGCAGGGCUGUGUAGAGAUGUUUGAAAGAUCAGGUGCUCAAAGUUAAAAAGGGGCACAUGGAACCAGGCUGAAUAACAACAACCGACAUUCAUCAAGAAUCUAAUAUGGAAUCACAUCAUACUAUAUCAUUGUCAUCAGGUGGGGACAAUGCAAAGCAAACAUAGCUUAUGUUUUACCUAUAUUUUACAGUGAUGCAGUUGAGAGGUUACUGCUGCUCCUGCUGCUGCUCCUGCUGG